CCUGCCGCCACCAUGGCCCAGAUCCUGCCGAUUCGUUUCCAGGAGCAUCUCCAGCUCCAAAAUCUGGGCAUCAACCCAGCCAACAUUGGCUUCAGUACUCUGACAAUGGAGUCUGACAAAUUCAUCUGCAUCAGAGAGAAAGUAGGAGAACAGGCUCAAGUGGUGAUCAUUGACAUGAAUGACCCCAGCAACCCAAUUCGAAGACCAAUUUCAGCUGACAGUGCUAUCAUGAACCCUGCCAGUAAAGUCAUUGCAUUAAAAGGUAUGGAAAUCCUGAUAAAGGAAUCUGGGAAAACACUUCAAAUAUUUAACAUUGAAAUGAAGAGCAAAAUGAAGGCUCACACCAUGACAGAUGAUGUCACCUUCUGGAAGUGGAUCUCUCUGAACACUGUUGCCCUUGUAACGGAUAAUGCAGUCUACCACUGGAGCAUGGAGGGGGAGUCCCAGCCUGUGAAAAUGUUUGAUCGCCAUUCCAGCCUUGCCGGCUGCCAGAUCAUCAACUACCGCACUGAUGCUAAGCAGAAAUGGCUCCUGCUGACUGGCAUAUCUGCACAGCAAAAUCGUGUGGUGGGAGCCAUGCAGCUGUAUUCUGUAGAUAGAAAAGUGUCACAACCAAUUGAGGGACAUGCAGCUAGCUUUGCACAGUUCAAGAUGGAAGGAAAUGCUGAAGAAUCCACUCUCUUCUGUUUUGCAGUAAGAGGGCAAGCUGGGGGUAAGCUGCAUAUCAUUGAGGUUGGCACACCGCCUUCUGGGAACCAGCCGUUUCCAAAGAAAGCAGUGGAUGUCUUCUUCCCUCCUGAAGCACAAAAUGACUUCCCUGUUGCCAUGCAGAUCAGUGACAAGCAUGAUGUAGUGUUUCUCAUAACGAAGUAUGGCUAUAUCCACUUAUAUGACCUGGAAACUGGCACCUGCAUCUACAUGAACAGAAUCAGUGGGGAGACCAUAUUCGUUACUGCACAGCAUGAAGCAACAGCUGGAAUUAUUGGAGUGAACAGGAAGGGACAAGUGCUCUCAGUGUGUGUGGAAGAAGAGAAUAUUAUUCCCUAUAUCACAAAUGUGCUGCAGAAUCCUGACCUAGCUUUACGAAUGGCUGUCCGCAACAACCUGGCAGGUGCUGAGGAACUCUUUGCCAGAAAAUUCAAUGCACUCUUUGCACAAGGGAACUAUUCUGAGGCAGCAAAAGUGGCAGCUAAUGCCCCAAAGGGAAUCCUGCGUACUCCAGACACCAUACGCCGGUUCCAGACUGUUCCAGCUCAGCCAGGACAGACUUCACCUUUACUCCAGUACUUUGGCAUUCUGCUUGACCAAGGACAGCUGAAUAAGUAUGAGUCCCUGGAGCUCUGCAGACCAGUGCUUCAGCAGGGACGCAAACAGCUCUUGGAAAAAUGGUUAAAAGAAGAUAAGCUGGAGUGCUCAGAGGAGCUGGGAGAUCUUGUGAAAUCUGUAGAUCCUACGCUAGCACUUAGUGUCUAUCUGAGAGCCAAUGUUCCAAACAAAGUCAUCCAGUGUUUUGCUGAAACAGGACAAGUCCAGAAGAUUGUUUUGUAUGCUAAGAAGGUUGGAUAUACUCCAGACUGGAUUUUCUUGCUGAGGAACGUCAUGAGAAUCAGCCCCGAUCAAGGACAGCAGUUUGCACAAAUGCUUGUUCAAGAUGAAGAGCCUCUUGCAGACAUAACACAGAUUGUGGAUGUCUUUAUGGAAUAUAAUUUAAUUCAGCAAUGUACAGCCUUCUUGCUGGAUGCACUGAAGAAUAAUCGUCCCUCAGAAGGUCCCCUGCAAACGCGUUUACUUGAGAUGAACCUCAUGCAUGCACCCCAGGUUGCAGAUGCUAUCCUGGGAAACCAAAUGUUUACUCAUUAUGACCGGGCUCACAUAGCUCAGCUGUGUGAGAAAGCUGGAUUGCUACAGAGGGCACUUGAACACUUCACAGACUUGUAUGACAUCAAGCGUGCAGUUGUUCACACUCAUCUUCUCAAUCCUGAGUGGUUAGUGAAUUAUUUUGGUUCCUUAUCGGUAGAAGACUCACUGGAGUGUCUGCGUGCUAUGUUGUCUGCUAACAUUCGUCAGAACCUGCAGAUCUGCGUCCAGGUAGCUUCAAAAUACCAUGAACAACUGUCAACACAGUCACUUAUUGAGCUGUUUGAGUCUUUCAAGAGCUUUGAAGGUUUGUUUUAUUUCCUGGGCUCUAUUGUAAACUUCAGCCAGGAUCCAGAUGUGCACUUCAAGUAUAUUCAAGCUGCAUGCAAGACAGGACAAAUUAAAGAAGUGGAAAGAAUCUGCAGGGAAAGUAACUGCUAUGAUCCAGAACGUGUUAAAAACUUCCUCAAGGAAGCUAAACUCACUGACCAGUUGCCACUCAUCAUUGUAUGUGAUCGCUUUGACUUUGUCCACGACUUGGUGCUGUAUUUGUAUAGAAAUAAUCUCCAAAAAUACAUUGAGAUUUAUGUGCAGAAGGUCAAUCCAAGCCGUCUGCCUGUGGUUAUUGGGGGACUGCUUGAUGUGGACUGCUCUGAAGAUGUGAUAAAGAACCUUAUCCUUGUAGUGAGAGGUCAAUUUUCAACUGAUGAGCUUGUUGCAGAGGUUGAGAAGAGAAACAGGCUGAAACUGCUUCUGCCCUGGCUGGAAGCAAGAAUUCAUGAGGGUUGUGAGGAGCCUGCAACUCACAAUGCCCUGGCCAAAAUAUACAUUGAUAGCAACAACAACCCAGAGAGAUUCCUGCGUGAGAACCCCUACUAUGAUAGUCGUGUUGUUGGCAAGUACUGUGAGAAGAGGGACCCUCACCUGGCCUGUGUGGCUUAUGAGCGUGGACAGUGUGACUUGGAGCUGAUUAAUGUGUGCAAUGAGAACUCCCUCUUCAAAAGUCUCUCCCGCUACUUAGUUCGUCGUAAGGACCCUGAGCUGUGGGCCAGUGUACUACUGGAAAGCAACCCCUAUAGAAGACCCCUCAUUGACCAGGUUGUACAGACUGCACUGUCAGAGACACAGGACCCUGAGGAAGUCUCUGUCACUGUGAAGGCCUUCAUGACUGCAGAUCUUCCUAAUGAGCUGAUUGAACUGUUGGAGAAGAUAGUUCUGGAUAACUCUGUGUUCAGUGAGCACAGGAACCUGCAGAACCUUCUCAUUCUGACAGCUAUUAAGGCUGAUCGCACCCGUGUGAUGGAAUACAUCAACCGCCUGGAUAACUACGAUGCUCCUGACAUAGCCAAUAUAGCUAUCAGCAAUGAGCUGUUCGAGGAGGCAUUUGCUAUCUUCAGGAAGUUUGAUGUCAACACAUCAGCUGUGCAGGUGUUAAUAGAGCACAUUGGAAACCUGGAUCGUGCAUAUGAAUUUGCUGAACGCUGCAAUGAGCCUGCUGUGUGGAGUCAGCUGGCUAAAGCACAGCUUCAGAAGGGGAUGGUAAAGGAAGCAAUUGACUCAUAUAUUAAAGCAGAUGAUCCUUCCUCGUACAUGGAAGUUGUUCAAGCUGCCAAUGCCAGUGGAAACUGGGAAGAACUGGUGAAGUAUCUCCAGAUGGCACGCAAGAAGGCCCGGGAGUCAUACGUGGAAACAGAAUUAAUCUUUGCUCUUGCUAAAACAAACCGUCUAGCAGAGCUAGAGGAGUUUAUCAAUGGACCCAACAAUGCACAUAUCCAGCAAGUUGGUGAUCGUUGCUAUGAUGAGAAGAUGUAUGAAGCAGCUAAGCUGUUGUAUAACAAUGUGUCCAACUUUGGCCGCUUGGCCUCAACUUUAGUUCACCUGGGUGAAUACCAGGCAGCUGUGGAUGGCGCUCGGAAAGCAAACAGUACUCGCACAUGGAAAGAGGUCUGCUUUGCUUGCGUUGAUGGCAAGGAGUUCCGCCUGGCUCAGAUGUGUGGACUCCAUAUUGUGGUGCAUGCAGAUGAGUUGGAAGAGCUAAUCAACUAUUACCAGGAUCGUGGCUACUUUGAAGAGCUGAUAACUAUGUUGGAAGCAGCACUGGGACUAGAGCGAGCACACAUGGGGAUGUUUACAGAGCUCGCCAUUCUCUACUCCAAAUUCAAGCCACAGAAGAUGAGGGAGCACUUGGAGCUGUUCUGGUCCAGAGUCAACAUUCCCAAGGUUCUGAGAGCUGCAGAACAAGCCCAUCUCUGGGCUGAACUGGUGUUCUUGUAUGAUAAGUAUGAGGAAUACGAUAAUGCCAUAAUCACAAUGAUGAAUCACCCAACAGAUGCUUGGAAGGAAGGCCAGUUCAAAGAUAUCAUCACUAAGGUGGCCAAUGUGGAGCUGUAUUACAAGGCAAUUCAAUUCUAUUUGGAAUUUAAACCUCUGUUGCUCAAUGAUCUGCUGAUGGUGUUGUCCCCUCGGCUUGACCACACUCGUGCAGUCACCUUCUUCACAAAGGUUAAACAGCUACCACUGGUUAAGCCUUACCUGCGCUCUGUUCAGAAUCACAACAACAAAUCAGUGAACGAGUCCCUGAACAAUCUCUUCAUUAUUGAAGAAGACUACCAGGCUCUUAGGACUUCUAUAGAUGCUUAUGACAACUUUGACAACAUUUCUCUUGCUCAACGUUUGGAGAAACAUGAGCUAAUAGAGUUCCGAAGAAUCGCUGCAUACCUCUUCAAAGGAAACAACCGCUGGAAACAGAGCGUGGAGCUCUGUAAGAAGGACAGACUGUAUAAGGAUGCAAUGCAGUAUGCUUCAGAAUCCAAAGAUACGGAGUUGGCAGAAGAGUUGUUGCAGUGGUUCUUGCAGGAGAACAAGAGAGAAUGCUUUGGUGCUUGUCUCUUCACUUGCUAUGAUCUCCUAAGGCCAGAUGUUGUCUUGGAAACAGCGUGGAGGCACAACAUCAUGGACUUUGCCAUGCCAUACUUCAUUCAGGUCAUGAAGGAAUACUUGACCAAGGUGGAUAAACUGGAUGCAUCUGAGUCAUUGAGAAAGGAAGAGGAGCAGGCCACAGAAACACAACCAAUCGUUUAUGGUCAGCCACAGCUGAUGUUGACAGCGGGACCCAGUGUGGCAGUUCCUCCCCAAGCACCUUUUGGCUAUGGCUACACCGCCCCUCCCUACGGGCAGCCGCAGCCUGGCUUUGGGUACAGCAUGUGAGAGCAGCACAAGUCAGUUGGGAGCUAGUGUAUUUUCUUACUGAAACUCCACCGUCCCUCCCCGCUUUAACUCAUAACAGGGAAAAGCAAGAGCUCUGCCUCGUGUUCUCAUAACCUUUAUUUCAUGAAGGACUGUUUUU